AUGAGGACGAUUCAUCUGCAUUUUCUUUGCGCCGUGGCCGCGAUCUUGGCGAUUCACAAUGCGCGAUCGAUAGGCGCCGCGGCUUCGGUGGAUCAUCCUCCAGCGCCAUCCUCCGGCGCAGGUAAUGUGGCUUCGAAGUCUGUUCUUGCGGCGCUCCUGGAAUCGCCGGCCACGGAGAUGAUGGAGCUCGUGGAGCAGGCAGGGAUGCUGGAGGCGCUGGAAUUGGCCGCGGAUCGCCAUAAUCUCACGAUCUUUGCGCCCAGGGACGAGUUCUUGGAGCUCCAUUUCGAUGCCGACUUCCGGAGGUUCCUCUUGCUGCCAGGAAACGUGAGAUUUCUCCAGGAGCUCGUCAUGUUCCACGUCUUGCCGAUCAGGAUCACGGCGUCGCAGUGGCGCAGCGGCAGAUUCCAGAGCCUGUCUGGCAGCCGGGACGAGGUCCUGUUGCAUUGGGACAAGAAGCAGCGCCUGGCGGUGGAUCGCUCGACGGUGGACUGGCCGGACAUGAUCGUGAGGAGCGACGGCGUGGUGCACAGAAUCGACGGAUUGCUCGUCCCCAAAUCGGUCCAGGACGCCUACUCGGCAGCAAGAAUCUCCUCCUCGGCGGUUCUUCCCCAAGCCGCUCCAUCUCUUUCCGGGGAAUCUUUCGGCACCAAGGCGGAGGCGAAGCUCUUCCAUGUCACAUUCCCAGUGAUCGACGAUCUCAUCGGCUCGGCUCCGGCGCCAGCGCCAUCGCCCUCAAGAUUCUCCGCCGACGGCCAUGGCAGAGUCCAGGAUUUCAUCGCGGCGCUGGUGUCCUUCGGCGGCUACGGCGAGAUCGCAGACCUCCUCGUCAAUCUCACCUCCCUGUCCGUGGAAAUCGCUAACCUCGUCAACGAAGGGCACGCGCUCACGGUCCUGGCGCCGGGCGAUCGCGCCGUCGCGCGCCUGGCAGCGGAGCACCUGGGGGCGAUCGAAUCCAUCCUCGCCUAUCACAUCGUCGCCGAGUACCAGACCGAGGAGAGCCUCUACACCCUCGCCAAGCGGCACGACAGGGUGGUGCUCAGCACGCUCCACGAGCCUCCAUUCAACCGGCUGGUGGCGAGGGAGAUCGAUGGCACGGUGGAGUUUGGCAGUGGCAACGAUCUCGCCUCCUCCUCCAAUUCCUCGCGCUCGAGCACCGGGCUUUUGAUGGAUCCCAACAUCUACACAGACGGGCGGAUCUCCGUGCAAGGCAUCAACGCUGUGUUGAUUCCACCUCGAGGCCGAGAUGCUUCCAACGAGGAGAGCUCCCCGCCCACUCCUUCGCCGCUGGCGGGCUUUAAAGACAACAAGCCACCACGCAAGCUGUUCCAAAUGUUCUUUCGCGGGAUUUAA